UGAUGCUCGACUUUCCAGAGGCCAACAGGCGCACCAUGGCAGACUAUUCGCAAUACCAAGGACCGAAUCCCGAGUGGGAGGAAUUCGUUCGAGUGACUGAGAUCCCUCCCGUAGGGCUGGCGCCGGGAGAGACUCCGGCAGAUUUGAGAAGGUCAAGAAACGCUCUGCGGGAGACAGCAUCCAAGAUAGAGCUCGAGGCAUCAGGCCUCUUGGAGAAAGUGAGCUGGCAAGACGCCGCCAUUCCAACGCGGGACAAUUCCACCGUGCCAGCCCGCAUAUACCGACCCAAAGGGGUCGAUCUGUCCACGACAGGGCCCCUGCCGGUCUAUCUCUUCUUCCACGGCGGCGGCUACCUCUUUGGAAGCCUCGACACCGAGGACGCAAACUGCGCCCGCGUCGUCGCGAUGUCCCCGACUCCCGUCAUCGUCGUCCACGUCAAUUACCGCCACACCCCGGACUUCCGGUACCCAACCCAGCACGACGACGCCUGGGACGCAUUUCUGUGGCUCGGCGAGAAUAUCGCUUCCCUCGGCGGUGAUCGCGGAAAGGUGAUUGUGGGCGGGAUCUCUGCAGGAGGCGGCCUCACAGCCGCUGUCGUGCUCCAAGCACAGGACCGCUCUGAUUCGGCCGCCCACCUGCGAAUCGUCGGCCAACUGCUCCUCAUUCCGUGGAUACUUCACCCCAAGGCAUAUCCGUUCCAUCUGUUGGCGUCCAAAGAGCGGUCCAGCUUUCUGCAGAACGCGGACGCGCCCAUCCUCCCGCACACCCAGAUCGACAUGUUCUUAGACGUCUUUGACGGCCCCGACACGGACCCGACGGACAUCCUCCUUAACCCGCCGCUAGCUCCGGACGAGAAGAUCAAAGGCAUGCCCAAGUCUGUCGUUGUGGCGGCAGGGAUGGACCCUUUACGAGAUGAAGCUCUCCUGUACGCUGACAAGCUGAAGAAGAACGGGGUCCCGACUCAAGUAUACGUCUUUCCUGGCCUGCCGCAUGGCUUCAGACGCUUCGACACCCUGAAGGCUAGCGCGCGAUGGGAUGAAGUGAUUGUCGAGGGAAUUCAGUGGUGCUUAUCAGACAACGUGGAGAACUCAACCAAGGUCGAAUUAUGA